CUCGCUUAUUCCUCCACAAAACCACUCGCGAUAGUAUCGUGUUGUCGCGGACAGCAUUCGCCUCCGGUUACUGCAAGCCGACCAGCUCCGUUUCUGUCUCGAUCCUCUUCUUCGGUCAUCCGAAACGCCACUGCCAGAGCCAACACACGAUAUGACAGUUCAGUGUCCCCAUAGAAACCACCGUAGAGACUUGUGAUUUUCAUCCGUUGGUGAAUUUUAAAAGAGAAUGCUUCGUUUCGGGUCGCAGUGUAUGAAAUUUCCUUGCACAUAAUGAUAAGAAAUUAUAACAAGUUAACAGUUUGACAGUAAAAAAUUAUUAUUUCUUAUACGAAGAGUAUUCAACGAGAUUAUCUAAAUAAUAACAAGAAAUUAUUCGAGUGAUUUAUGCAUCGUUCUUUUUUACGUGAAGAUGUUACAUAAUGUUGGUUGUGCGAUUUCCAAUGGAUUUUCAGAGUAUUUUGACGUCAAAGAUUUAUUAGAAUCGCAAUAAAGGUUGUUCUUACGUAGACUUGGAAUAUUUUAUUGCUUUGUCGAAUAGUAUCUUGGUGGAUGCGUGAUUUGUGACUGGAUCGAUGGAAGCCUGUGGAUCUAUUUAUUAUAGUGAUUCAGCAGGAUGAUCUUGUAUGAUACGGUUAGAACGACGGGCAGCGUGAUGUAUCCAGUGCUGCAGCCAAACAUAUUAAAAGAUUUGUGUCUCACUUGGAGAAACAUUUCGUACACGGUGGAGAAAAAGGUCAAUGGUGGUAGUCUUCGAGCAAUUUUCGGUCUCCAACACACUGAAUUCAUUCAACUGCUUAAUGGAGUCAAUGGUAUCGUUAAUUCUGGAAUGUUGAUGGCGAUUAUGGGACCAAGCGGCGCCGGGAAAACCACGUUGCUCGCGACGAUCAGCCGCCGUGUGAAAGGGAAAGCGACAGGUGACGUUCUGUUAAACGGGAAGCCUAUCGAUACCGGGCAGAUGAUAAGGAUAUCUGGAUUCGUUCCACAAACGGACCUGGCUGUCGAAUCGCUGACAAUCCUCGAGCACAUGGAAUUCAUGGCGUGCAUGAAAAUGGACCGGAGGCUGAGGGCCAGCGUCAGGAAGCAACGUAUAAUGACUCUGCUUGGAGAACUCGGUCUAGCGAAAAGCACCGGGACAAAACUGUCCGCCCUUUCUGGUGGAGAAAGGAAACGCGUCACCCUGGCUGUUCAACUACUCACCGAACCGAGCAUUCUCUUUUGCGACGAGCCAACAACGGGUUUGGACAGUUACGGGGCAAUGACUGUUGUGAAGACGUUGAGGGAAGUCGCGGCCAGCGGAAGGAUAGUCAUAUGCUCGUUGCAUCAACCUGCUUCCGGUUUGUUGGAAAUCUUCCACGAGGUUUUACUGCUCUCUGGCGGCAGGGUUGCUUUUCAAGGUUCCUCCAUUGAUGCUACGAACUUUUUCGACAGCUUGGGACUACGUUGUCCUCCAACCUUCAACAACGCCGAGUUCUUCGUUUCUCAGCUGUCCAUCGUUCGUGGUAAAGAAGCUGAAAGCUACAAAAAGGUGAAUUGGAUCUGCGAUCAGUACGAGAAAUCGAAAUACGGUCAAAGGGUGUCGAAACUGAUCGAAUACUCCUGCGUUGCGGAAUCGAGCGAGCUGCCGGCAAUAUUCUCGCAGGCCUCUUUGUCCCCGAAAGAUUUCAAAAAAGCUCGCACACUGACGCAGCUCCGUUGGCUCAUGUGGCGUACAUACGUCGAUUCCAAGAAGAACUCAGCCUCUUUGCUCUUGCGAUUUAUAACGUACAUGUUUAUAGGAUUGCUGAUAUCGCUGCCGUACAUGAACAUCACCGGCCAGGCAUUAGAUCAAGGUAGCAUACAGAAUAUGCAAGGUCUUCUAUACCUGGUGGUGGUCGAAACUGUGUUCACGUUUAAUUAUGCUGUUUUCUAUACGUUCCCACGAGAACUGCCACUUCUGUUGAGGGACAUCGCCAGCGGACUUUAUGGCCCGACGCCAUACUACAUCAGCAAGGUUAUCGUUCUGAUACCCGGGGCGAUAAUACAGCCAUUGCUCUACUCGGCUUUCAUAUUCGCGAUCACCGGGCUGAAGGGUGGACUUUUAGGAUUCGUUUACUUCGUCCUGCCUGUAGUUGUCUGCGCCAUUUCAGCUUCCGCUCUUGGUUUGUUUUUGUCAGCGUCGUUUCAAUCGGUAGACACUGCCUCUCUGUUCUCCGUGCCAUUGGACUUCCUUGGCCUGAUGUUCUGCGGAAUUUACUUGCAUCUCGAUCACCUGGCGCCAGGUAUCGCGUGGCUCAAAUAUCUGUCACAGUUUUAUUACGGCCUCGAGGCAGUUUCCCUGAUGCAAUGGCUUCUGAUAGAUCAUAUAAAUUGUUCCCCGGAUCCGGAAGAGCCUUGCAUCUCCAGUGGACUAGGGGUGCUGGAGAAAUAUGGCUACUUACCAAAUCACUACGUUACGGAUAUAGUUGGUCUUCUGGUCAUUUUCGUUGUUAGCCAUUUGGCCGGUUUCCUAGUGAUCAAGCACAGAAGUCGCAAAGAACCAAUCUAUUAAAUUGAUCCCUUUGUCAAGUCACGCUCGUGAUAAAAAUUUUAAUCUCGGAUUUAAGAAAAAAGUAAAUCGCAGUCCUAUAGAAUUUCAAUUCAAAUUUGAGAUUUCAGUUCCUUCAAUUGAAGAUUAAUAAGUACAAAUUAUAAUUAUUAUGACGUUCCAAUACUUUGUCCAUUUAACGUGACGUUUACAAUCACAAUGACUAGACUGUGGAUUUCUAUGCAAAAAUGGGAACAUAAUAUAAACGAUUUUUAAAUGUACAUAUACUAAAUAUAGUCAUCGAAUUUUAAAUAUGAUUAUCAAUUACUUAUCGUGCAAUAAUUAUAAUAGUUAAAUUAAAUGUAAUUUAGAGGUUCAUAGAUUUGAGAAUGUAAUUAUAAAUAUAUGAAAUAUUAUAUAUAGAAAGUAAUAUGUUUUAGAUAUGUUCUACAUAAUUAUUUUCGUACAGUAUAAUUUUAUUUCCACGUAAUUUGCUUUCUAUACAAUUUUAGUUUUAAAAUUUCUUAUAAAUGCACACGAAUCUACAGUCUAACAACAACUAACGCUUACUCAAGAAUAUCGAAACAAAAAUAACCCAACUCCAGCUUCGCUCAGUUUUUCACAUACGUGUGUUUUUAAAUUCGUUUUUCUUUCUGAAAGAAAAAAGUUUGGGUACCUCGAAGAAUGCACAAACGUUUUAUUAUUGCCGUCGUUUUUUAUAUUUAUAAUUAACCAGGGGGUGAAUAAAUAAAUAUCGGCAUAAUCGGUCUUGAUCUCACUAAAUUAACAAAUUCGUGAAUGAUUGAUAUCAACGCUAUUAUUAACAAAUAUUUAUAUAGUGUAAGAUAAUUGUAAGACACGUAAGUUAUAUAAGUUAAACAGAUUGCUAUGUAUCAUACGUUUGUUAUAAAUUAUUUUACGUAAACGAA